GAGAGAGAGAGAGAGAGAGAGAGAGAGAGAGAAGUUGAGAAUUCUUUAUAUGCCUAGGGCAACAAUUCUCAUUCUCAAUGAAUUCUAGCACAUUUUGCUGCAAGAAUUUGUGACCUACCAUCACCUAAUACCAUAUAUAUCCACCUCCUUUCACAACAGGAGACAUCAAAAUUCACUUCUUAGAUACAUACAUACCUAACUAAUCCCAGACACAAAGAGUACUUGAUCAUUCUCUCUAAAGAGGGAUUGACCCAAAACAAAGAUGAAGGGAAGUGAUCACAGUGGCGAAGAAUAUUCAAACACAAGCCCUAACAGCAAGACCAAGGACGAAGACGAGGAGGGAGAGGAGAUCGACGACGACGACGACGACAAAAGCGAAACUAGUAAGACGAUCAAGAACAGGUCGAGCUCGAGCAACAGCACGAUCGAAGAGAGUGAGAAGAAGGGGGCGGCUAACUCCAACGGAUCCGGUGUGAGGCCGUACGUUCGGUCCAAGAAUCCGAGGCUAAGGUGGACACCUGAUCUCCACCUUUGCUUUGCUCAUGCUGUUGAAAGACUUGGUGGACAAGAGAGAGCGACACCGAAGCUAGUUCUCCAAUUGAUGAAUGUCAAAGGCCUUAGUAUUGCUCAUAUCAAAAGCCAUCUUCAGAUGUACCGGAGCAAGAAGAUUGACGAUCCCAAUCAAGGGAAAGGGAUUCUUUUUGAUGGUAGGGAUCAUCAUAUUUACAACCUCAGUCAAUUACCCAUGAUGCAAAGUUUCAAUCAAAUUGCCCCUUCCAGGUUAAGAUAUGGCGAUACCCCGUGGAGUAGUGCUCAUCCCAACCAAGUUAGCUAUGGUGGUGGAAUAAGGGGGCUUCUUGCAUCUAAUGGAGCCAGACCUGGACCACCUUAUUCUUCAACAUUUGAGAGGAUUUUCGGAGGAACGGACAGGAAAACAUCACCGAAUUUCGAUUUCCAUAAGCAUAACCCUUUCCACCUUCCAGGCCAAGAACACUUGCAAUUUCCUCAAAGUGUUGGAUCAUGGAAAACCCUAAUCAAAACGAGCUCAAAUGAACCUACGAUAACGACUCUCCUAAUGCAACACCAACCACAGAGCACAGAGAAAACCAAUAUCGCCUCGAAAAGAAAGGUUCCGGAUUCCGAUUGCGAAGUCGACUUGAAUCUCACCCUAAGAACGAGACCAAAACAUGACGAGGAUCAGCUUAAGAAAGGGUUAAUGGAGGAUCAUCAUGAAGAAGUGGAUAGUAGUUUAUCUCUUUCUUUAUUCUCAUCUUCAUCAUCCUCAAAGCAUGCAAGGAGAAGAAGUGGUGAUCUGGAUUUGACUUUGUGAAUGAAGACGAAUUGGUCUCAAGUGAGAUUCUGAGGUACUUUUGUCUUGAACCCAAAAAUAUAUAUAUAAAAAAAAAAAAGACAAAAAUUUAAAUAAAAAAAAAAGAAGAAGAAGAGGAAAAGAUUCACAAAUCAUUGUCGUGUACUAGGCAUAUGGAUUUGGCCACUCCUGCUGCUUUUGUUGUUUAAUGGAUUUUGUAUGCAUAAAUGGUUAGUACUUUACAGACUUCAAUUUUGAGUCUUUAUUAUUUAAGUAGAAGAAUAUUGGCUCUUUUUUUUUGUCAUUACUGGUAAUGGCCACAAGGGUUUCUGAUCCGAAAGAUUCCAUGGCUCUUCGAUCCUGGUAUUUUUAAUUUGCUAAAUUAUUUAGCAACUUAAUUAUAUAUAUGGGAUUUUUUUUUUCUGUAACGAUCUCGAUUCUCGAAGGAAUACAACAAAUGACCUGAUCCAAAUUUUGUUUCAAUAA